AGCCUGCUUACCAAGAAAAGACGGACAAGAAAGCAAGCCAGAGAGAAGGCCUUCGUAUCGCUACAUCUCUGGAGUUAUUCAACCGUGCAGUUUCCACCAGUUGUUGCUGUGGUUUUUUGUUUUCACUUUAAGCCGCCUUUGGUAGCUCAACAGCCGAGCGAGACCAACCAGAAGGCAGACGGUCUGAACACCUGUGCUGACCCUCUCACCUGGCCAGGUAGACAGGAUGUCAAUGUAUGGCAGUUUCCUGUCUGAUGAGCAGUUCCAGUGCUCCAUCUGUCUGGAUGUCUUCACCAACCCGUCCUCCACACCUUGUGGCCACAGCUUCUGCAUGGCUUGCAUCUCCAGAUACUGGGAUGGAUCCAAGUCGUGCCAGUGUCCUCUAUGUAAGAAGACCUUCCAGAAGCGUCCGGACCUCCAGAUCAACAGGACCCUAAGAGAGAUCACUGAACAGUUCAAAUCCAUGAGGGGAGUGGUUGCAGGAGGAGGAGGAGGAGGAGUGGCGAGAGACAGGAGAACAGGAAAAGGAGGCGGGGUUGGAGAAGGAGGCAUGCCGGACGAUGUGUUCUACGAGUUAAGGAGGAGGUUGCCGCGGCAGGUGCAGAUGAAUCAUUCCACACUAAUCACCGAAGAACAGCGUCAAAUUAGCUCCAGCAUACCUAUCCUGACAUCCUUCUCACCUUUGGCCCCUUCUGGCGUGCCCCCUCUGGCCUCCUCGGUGCCCAAUCCGAGUCCGAUCGCUGCCUCGACCCUGACGCAGAACAGCCAAACCUAUACCCCUGCGCUGCUGCCCCCGCCCCAGAGCCGCCACAGCGGCCGCCGGCGGUUCACCCUGAGCGGGGUGGGAGACAGCCAGAGCCUGCCCCUCUGUGAGAUCCACCGCAGGGGAAUCCUGGUGUACUGCAGGACCGAUAGAGUUUGCAUCUGUCCCGAGUGUGAGGCCUUGGACCACCAAAACCACGACACAGUGCCGGUGGAGACAGAAUGGAUGGAAAAGAAGGCCCAGCUGAGUGUAUCGCAGCAGGAGAUCCAGGAGAUGAUCAGACAGAGAGUGAAGAAGGUUGAGGAGAUCAGAAUGUCAGUUGCUGAACUGCAGCUCGCCGUCGAGCGGGAGACGGCGGGCAGCGUGUGUGUGUUCUCCGCGCUGGUGUGUGCCAUCGAGCGCUCGCAGGCGGAGCUGAUGGAGGUGAUGGAGAUGAGCCGGCGGGCGGCGGAGCACCAGGCCGACGCUCUGAUUCGCCAGCUGGAGCUGGAGGUGGCCGAGCUGAGGAGGCGAGGACAGGCCCUGUCGGAGCUCGCCCAGUCCGAGGACCAAAUUCACUGCGUCAAGAGUUUCCUCACCCUCUCCACCCCUCCACCAACCAGAGAUUGGUCAAGGGUGUCGGUGAACUCUGACCUUGGGACGGGGACCAUCUACCGGUCGCUGGCAGCCUUGGUGGAGAGAUUCCAGGAACAACUGAAAAACAUUGCUGAGAUCGGUUUUCCUGCUCCAGCGGUGGAUCCCAGCCCAGCACGCCCACAGCCCAAAGUGAAGAAGAUUCAGGAGUAUGCAUUGGACGUGACUCUGGACUCCAACACCGCCCACCCCAGGCUGGUCAUAUCAGAGGAUUUGAAGAAGGUGAAAUGUGGGGACCGGCACCAGUCGCUGCCAGACAACCCAGAGAGGUUUGACAGGGUCGUCUGUUUGCUCGGCAGAGAGGCUCUCUCAUCUGGAAGACACUACUGGGAGGUGGAAGUGGGCGGGAAGACUGACUGGGAUCUGGGCGUGGCUAGCCAAUCAAUAAACAGGAAGGGGAAGAUCGAGGUUACCCCUAACAACGGAUACUGGUUCCUAAGUCUAAGAGACAAGAACAAGUAUGCAUUUCGUAGUGAGCCCUCCACAGAUGUCCAUAUCAGCCUGCGACCACAGAGGAUUGGUAUCUUUGUGGACUUUGAGAAAGGACAGGUGUCUUUCUACAAUGUGGAUGCCAAGAUCCACAUCUACACCUUCGCCGAUACCUUCACUGAGGCCAUCUAUCCGUUCUUCAGCCCCUGCACUAAUAAAUCUGGGAAGAACGAUGGACCGCUGGUUAUCACGCCGCUGAGCACGAUAGAGUAGGGGAUGGACACCUCUGAUACUAACAAUGACCCGUUUCUAUGCCCCUGUAUCUGUCUGUGUUCAUGAUCCCGUCUUAUCUGUAAAUCGCUUUGGAACGAACGUGUUCAGCUAAAACCAGCUCAACUUUAUGUUUGAAAGAACAGUUGUGAAUAACAAAUCGUGUCCAGCAGGGCUGUUUUGAUGGCUAAAGUUCUCCGAAUCAAACAAGUAUCAAAGCUCAAAACUUAUAAUGGGUAAAAAAAAACAACACAAAAAACAACAGUUUUUCGACAGUUAAACAUGCAAAAGUUAAAUGUACUAGUCGCACCCAUUCAAGCAGAUAGCAGCCACAUGACCCCACUACAUGCAUGUGUAUGCAAACAGAUACACAAGCGUGCACACUCGAGCAGGCACAUGAACAAACACGCACACAUGCAUGCACAUAUGCAAACAUACACACACAUGCAUGCACGAACGCAUGUGCAAGCACGCAUGCAUACACAAACAUAAGCCUCGUAUGAUUGUUUUCAAACUCAUACAGCCAUACAAACAGUGAUCAGCUGUCUCAGAACCAGAACCAGAAUCAUGUUUGUUGGCCAUGUAGGUUGCACACACAUGGAAUUGGACUCUGGUUUCGUGGCUCUCUCAGUGUACAUAACACAGAAUAAAUUAAGGAAAAAUGUAACUGACACUUCCAAACUAAAAUCACUUUGCUAGCUGAUGUUGGUAUUUUGUAGAUAGAAUAUUUGUAUGUAAUGAAAAUUGUAAAUAUAAUACCUUAUAUUUCAUCUUAAAUGGUUUGCAUUUGUUGGUUGUGAGCACAAAAAACAAUCGUUUUUGGUUUUUUUCUCUGAGCUUGGAGAUGUUUUAUGUGUGAGUGUUACUCAUGUAAAGACCGCGUUGAGCAAUAAAAGAUUAACUA